AUGCAUUCUUCUGAUGCAACAAAUUUGAAGCGCAAAAUGAUAAAGUAUGCGAAAAAUGUGAAACAGUUAAUAAAAGAAGACGCAACACAAUCACAAAAAUCACAAUUGAAAGCUUUUCGAGAACAAGAAUUAUCAACAGCUAUGCAAAAAUCGGAAAUGCAAUUAACUUUGAAAACGGAACGUAAACCUGCAAUAAAUCAGGAACAAUUUGAUAAAAAACAUGGCUAUCGACGGACUAAUUUAUCAUUAGCAAGGAAAGUAAUUUAUCAGCUAAAAUUAAUCAAAACGUGGCGAAGUCUAGAAUGGAUGAAUUUUCUGAAGAAUCGAUUACCAAUCAUUGGUUGGCUUCCAACAUACAAUUGGAAGGAAGAUUUAUUGAGAGAUAUUAUCAAUGGCAUUAUGAUAUCAAUUAUUUAUAUACCACAAGGCCUUGCAUACGGUUUAAUGGUUGGUACACCACCAAUAUACGGUAUCUAUACGGGUAUUGUUGGACCAUUGAUUUAUAUUUUUCUUGGAACAUCACGACAUGCAUCCACCGGUGCUUUUGCAAUUAUUUCCAUGAUGGUUGGAUCAGUAAUUGAACAAUCAAUAAAUGAAUUAACACCAUUACACAAUGAAACGGAUCGGCUUUGUUGCUCUAAAAUAACUCAAAAACCGGAUACGGAAAAAGCCAUUCAACUAUCAUCAUUGAUUGCAUUUUUUGUUGGUGUGAUACAGGUUAUAUUAGGAUUUUUAAAUGCUGGUUUAUUAGCUGUUUGGCUGUCUGAUCAGCUUGUCGAAGGUUUAGCAUCUGGGGCAGCAGUACAUGUCCUCGCCAGUCAACUUCAAACAAUGACUGGUGUCAAAAAUGUACCGCAUACAUCCGAAAUGUUUGGAAUCGUUCGAUUCAUUAUUUGUUUUUUUCGAAAUAUUCGUACAUUUCAAUUGCAUACAUUCCUUUGUACUAUUAUUUGUAUUCUCUGCUUGCUCAUAUCGAAAUUAAUCAUUGAUCCAAUUGUUAAACCUUGGACGAAAACAAAAUUUCCUAUGGAGUUUGUUCUGGUAAUAUUUUCUAUUUCUUUAUGCUAUUUUGCAACCGACACACCGUUAGAUUUACAUUUGCAUAUUAUUGGUGAUGUUGAUGCUGGGAUGCGUGCACCAUUUCUUCCGGAUUUCACUAAAACCGGACAAAUUAUUUUUUCCGCUUUUUCAAUUGCUAUUGUAUCAUUUGUUAUACAUAUAGCAUUGGCAAAACUAAUUGCCAAAGAGUAUAAGUAUCAAAUUAACAUCAAUCAGGAAUGGCUGGCAUUAGGUACAAUGCAUAUUGUUGCAUCAUUUUUUGGUUGUUUUGCUGGCGGUUCAUCCUUAAGUAGAACAAUAUUAAGCUCAAGAUUGGGAACAAAAUCACAGCUAACAACAUUGGUCGUAGUAAUAAUAUUGUUAAUUAUUGCAUUCGGAGCUGCACCUUUAUUCAAAUAUUUACCUAAGACGAUAUUAUCAUGUAUUGUUGUGGUUGCUAUGAAAGAUUUAUAUUUAAAAGUAUGCCUGUCACGAGCACUUUUUCAAGAAUCAAUCGUUGAUUUUUUCAUAUUUUUGGUAACAUUUACAGCGGUUGUUCUGAUAAAUGUUAAUAUUGGACUUGCAAUUGGUGUUGUUUUUGCCCUUCUUACCGUUGUCUUACGAUCACAAUGGGCAGAGAGUACAUGUAUGGGACGUAUUCCGGGGACAUCAGAUUUCAAAGGUAUCAGUCAUUAUCGUACAGCUAUGGAAAUUUCGGGUAUUAAAGUAUUUCGAUUCGAUGCACCGUUGUAUUUUGCAAAUGCUGAGUUAUUCUUAUCAAGCAUGCAUAGCGCAACAGGCCUCGAUCCAUUAAAUAUUAUUGCAAAGCUUAAGCAAACAGUUAAUGAGAAGAGAAAAGCGACAGAUGAUUCUAUCAAUAAAAAAGAUAAAAUUGCAGAUCAUGAUGAUGAAAUUCAGCUAACAGUACGACAACACUGUAUUCAUUCAUCGAAACGAAAUGUUGAAAGAACAGAGGAAGCAGAAGAUUUAAUUCAAUUGACGCAUAUCAUCGUUGAUUGUUCAUCAUUCCCAUAUAUCGAUUUAAUGGGUGUUGAUGCGCUGGCACGAACACAUGCCGAAUAUAAAGCUAUCAAUAUUACUGUAUUUUUUGCUUGCUGUAAAGUAGCGGUACGGCAAAUGUUCGAAAAUUCGCAUUUUUAUGAGCAUGUGCCGAAAAGUUACAUGUUUGUAUCAUUGCAAGAUGCUGUCGCACAAGCACAAUAUGAACAACAACAAAACAUUCGAUUUGGCAAUAGUGCCGAGCCUAUUCCAAGCAAAAUUAUGUUAGCGUCAGUUAAUUCGGAUAAUACGCAACAAAGCUCAUAA